CUAGAGUUGUUGAGGAGAAUCAAAGAUGGCGGAAACGUCAGUCGCAGUGGUACGACAAUUUGUCGUCUCCUGUUAUUUUUAGUUUUAAUACAAUAUUUUUAUAUAUUUAAUUUAUCUAAAAUUGACAAAUGUUUUAGAAUAAAGUUUUAAAUAUACAGUGAUAGUGUUGUCAGCACAUGCAAUAUAAAGAUAAGAGGAAAAAUGGCACGAACGCGUGUUAUUUUAAUAUCAUGCGGUAGUUACGAUCCACCAACUAAUAUGCAUUUACGAAUGUUUGAGAUCGCGAGGGAUCAUCUCCACAGAAUGGGUACACAUAUCGUUGUAGGCGGUAUUAUUUCUCCGGUACAUGAAUCAUAUUCGAGGAAAGAAUUAACAUCAUCAACGCACAGACUAGCAAUGUUAAGAUUAGCCCUCGAAAAUAAUGACUGGAUACGCCUUAGUUCGUGGGAAUGUCGACAGAAUGCUUGGUCGAAAACAAAAAUCUGUCUUCAGCAUCAUCAGAAUUUGUUAAAUUCACUAUUGUCCGAGGUGAACGAUGUCAAGAAUGGUAUUGAUAUUGAGGACUUGGACUGGAUACCGGAGAACAUUAAAAAUGACUUGGAUUCCACUCCGAUUGAAAUUAAACUGCUUUGCGGUGCCGAUCUCUUGGAAACUUUCUCAAUUCCUGGAGUUUGGGCUGAUGACGAUGUCGAAACAAUCGUCGGUCAACAUGGUCUAGUCGUAAUAACAAGAGAAGGAUCAAGUCCAAAUAAACUUAUUUACGAUUCGGAUAUACUUUCGAAAAAUAUGCAAAAUAUAAUCAUCGUGACUGAUUGGAUACCAAAUGAAAUUAGUUCCACUAGAAUCAGAAGAGCGUUAAGGAGGAAUGAAAGUGUUAAAUAUUUAUUGCAAGAUUCCGUAAUUGACUACAUUUAUCAGCAUGGAAUUUAUGGUGCCAAAAGGAUGUCUUCAAUUAAGUUAAAUUUGUCAUCGAGUAUUGAAAUGAAUGUAUUGCACAGUGAGUCAGAAUUUUUAAGUGCUUUUUUAACGCCAUCACCCGUUGAUGUACUCAUGGAAAGUCCUGUCGAUAAUUUCCCAAUUAAUUUACCAUUACAAUUAAAGUCAAUCGGUGAAAAUUCCGAUGAAUCAGUACGUGAUAAAUUCCUGAGUAUGUUUACUGAAAAUGGAAAUGAUUCAGUGCCAAAUAAUAUUUAUUCAGACUUGACACAACAAGUCGACAUUGUUGCCAAUGAAUCGGAAGAUUCGAAUAUUAAUGAUGAGGUAGGUUCCAGUCAAUAUAUCGAGAACGUUACAACAAUUGUUGGCUCCGAUAGAAAAUCAUCAUUAGAGCACUCGCACAACAAUUUUAAUGUAGAAUUUACAAAUUUAGAAUCCAAUACACCAGUUCCCCUCGAUAAUAAUAGCACGUUUAGCAAUAAUACUCUUAGUCGAAAAGAUUCCGGCGAUAAAUUCGAGAUGCGUAGUAAUAAGCAAAUUAGAAAAUCCAUCAUAUCCGAGAGCAAGGAAAUAGUCAUUGUUUCAUCGAUCGAUAAUUCUUGUGAUAUCGAGUACAUUCUGUCCCGUAAUAUUCACAAUACAACAAAACAACCCGAAAUAAUUCCCGAUGAAAAGGAAAAUCGAAAUCGUCACGACGAUGCAACAAAAAUCGCCAGCAUAAAGCCAAUCGUCAGCAAUAUCAAGAGCAAUGAAAACCGCAAUAAUAUUGACGAAAACGAACACUGCCCAAAGACUGAUGUGGAAAAUGCAAAACGAAGUUUCGGACAAGUUGUCAACUUUAAGAAACUCAAUAAGACCCGAGGCACCCAAACUUUUAUCGACAAACAUUCUGAUAUUGAAGAUCAAAAGGAAAUUGGUCUCACCGAAAGUGAAACCGAAGACUCUGAAUUCUCCCAAAUGGAAACAUUUCGUGAAUCUCAUCUUGAAAUCGAUGGCAAGUAUUUGAAAUCACUAGUCAAUUCAAAGAAGAGUCCAAAAAAAGUGAAACUCGACGGUAAAUUGAAAGCAAUCGAACAUCAAAAAUCCGAUGAAACAACAUCGGAGGGCGAUCAAAGUAUUUACGAGGAAUCACGAGAAGUAUGGUCCAGUCCCGAUUCAAAAGCAAAAAAAAAUGAUUUCACCAUUGAUAAUCAAGAAAAAAGACAAACAAUUCUCCAAGGAAGUUUAGAUUCAUUCGACAUUAAAAAACCCACAAUUGAAAAAACAUUCGAGUCGAUGGCAAAAAAAUCGAAAAGUUUAGAAUUAAUAAAAAAUAAUUCACUCUCAUUAAAAGCGCCGUUAACUUUAUCGAAUCCAAAAAUAAUAUACGACGAGAUAAGACCAAAAUCGGAGAAUAUGUUUCAACCCAUCACCACAACAAAUAAUUAUGACGAUCAGACUGAUAAUUUUUGCUCCGAAUGCUAUCUCGCCAAUGAUCCAUCAUCCACGGAAUUAUUCUACACAAUUCGUUCGAAUUGCAGUUCACCAAUUGAGGAUUCAACCGAGUGUGAUAUUUGUAGUUCCUGUAAUCUUCCCGAUUCGGCGGAUGUCCUCGAAUUUAAGACACUGGCGAAAAGUAAAUCUGCCUGUGAAGUUUGUGAAAUAUGCGGCGAGCCGGCCAUUGAAUUCGAACAAGAUUUACAAGUACCGGAGAAACGACGUGUUUCUGUUUUGAAAUCGUUGCACUUGAGUUUACCAAAAACGAGUUUUGAAUCCGACGACGAAUCGAAUCGAACGCUUGAUGAUCGUUUUGAAAUUAAUAAUAUUGGGGAGAGAAAAAUUCGUCAACUCGAGGAAAAUGAAAAACAGGAGAAUAAAUUACAGAAGGAGAAUAAAAUACAGAAGGAGAAUGAAAAGCAGGAGAAUGAUAAGAAAUUAGAGGUGUAUUUGGAGAAGAAAAAAGAGCCGUUGACAAUUACUAGAGUUGAUUUUCAUGGACCGGAUUUUUUUGUCCCAAAAGAUGAGGUUAUAAUGUUGACGGAAAAUUCGAGACGAUUGAGUAGAAAGGGUUCGUUUUUGCGUAAAACUGAUCGACAGGAGAAGAGACGCUACUCGUCGGCUGAUAAUUUACAGCACAAAUUAUUUUCUAAGGGGAAUGAUAGAUUUUUAAAGUCAAAGGACAUGAAACUUAUGGCAUCGGCCGAUAGUAUUCGACCGUUGAAGCAUUUUCGUAGUCGAUCGCUGAGAAGAUCUAGUGACAAUGUUGGACGUUCUGAUUCGUCGAAUGAUAAUUUAGAUCGUCUUGAUGAGACGGUCGAUAAUGAUGAGGAGUUAACGAAGGAAGAAAUUCCUGGACCCGAUGAUCUCAAGAGGAAGGAUAGCGAUUCUCUUGAGACUAUUUUAUUGAAGCAUGGAAUUAAACUUAUUAGUCAGAAAGAGACUGUUUUAUAAUUCUAUUGAUUCGAU